AUGUUUUUUUCGUACGUUAAUUAACAAUUUGUGAAUGAAAAGGGAAAGUUUAUUUUACAUCAAAACAUUACAAAAAUUAUCUUUUAUCAAAUCUAACAAUAUGGAUAAACAAAAGGAGAUUAAUUUCGAUCAAAGGAGAGAAAUUCAAAAUUGCAAUAAUACCCUAGAUGAGAAUAUAGUAAGAGUGAUUAGAAAAUCUCCUGCAGUGUCUUUGCUCAAUUUGGAUAACAUGGAGGCGUCGUCAGAUGUUAUUGAAACACAAAAUUGGUCACGAUUAUCGCAGUGGAUACAGUGCAUGUGCAUAGUUACGUUUGAUUUGAAUUUGGGCCAGGCCUUGGAAUUUGUUUAUCCCACAGAUUUUAUACCCACAGAACAAGAAGUUACUAAUAUCUGCUACAUGGCAUUUCCUGAUUCUAAUUCUGGUUGUAUGGGUGAUACAAAAUUCCAUAUGCGUCUGAGAAUGUCACCGGACUCGAGUAGAACUGGAAACUCUAAUCAGUUUCGUUGCUUUAACAGUGACUGUCCGCCAGUAUUGAAAGCUGACCAAUCUCACUAUUGGGGUUUUGUAUAUUUUCGUCAAAAACGAGAUCCCAACUUACCUAGAGGCUAUUUUCAAAAAAGUUUUAUUAUUGUUACUCGUCUGCCAUUUUUCAAUCUCUAUUAUGAAAUGUUGAGUAUUUUGGCUCAAAAAUAUUUCAGUGAAGGCGAAGAAGUUUUAAAACAGGCCUGUCGACAAAUCAAUACAGAAUGGCCUCAACUACAGGUGGGAGUCACCUAUAAUUUACCACUUUUCGAUCAGUGCUAUCAGAUUCAAUUACCCAGAGCAAGUAGUCGCAAAACGGCUUCACACAAUGACAGUCCGGAAAACAGCUGUCCGGAGAAAAUGUUAAUGUACAAGCCUAUUUACGUAAAAAACAUAGCAUCUGUCAAUGAAGUAGAAUUAUUUCAUAGUUUAAGUUUUAUCAUUGAUCAUAUGUAUACUUUGUGGGAAUUGGUAUUAACUGCGGAGCCUAUUGUGGUAGUGGGUACUUCUCCGGCCGAUUGUUCACAUAUGGUGCAGACUUUGGUGGCCUUAAUUGCCCCCUUAGAAUAUUGUGCUGAAGCUAGACCCUAUUUUACAAUACACGAUAGCGAAUUUAAAGAAUUUACACGGGAAUGUGGAAAAAUACCCCCGCCCAUAAUACUGGGUGUAACUAAUCCGUUUUUUAUAAAACUUCUAAAAGAUUGGCCACAUAUGCUACGUUUGGUGGAUAAUCAGAUCAACAUACAAAAACAACAACAAUUGGCUUUAAAAAAUGCAAGAAAUACAAGCUCUGUAACAUCGCUUACCAAUACAGGACCACUAAAAAUGAACAAUACUAUUCAAUUAACUUCCUCGUCAUCAUCUGUCCUCGCCAACAGUGGCAGCAGUGAAGGAUCCACACAUGGUUUAUACACAAAAUAUAAACCAUUCUUAAAAAAAGACAAAACACUUAUUAAAAAAGUUAUGUUGGGCUUAAAAACUAAACGACCAGAACAUGUACAAACCGCCCUGCUAAGACGUCAUCUUUUAGAGCUAACACAAAGUUUUAUGAUACCACUGGAACGUUACAUGGCCUCUUUAAUGCCGCUACAAAAAGAUAUAAGUCCAUUUAAAUCCGCUCCAAAUGCAAAUGCUUUUAAACUUGAUGAUUUUCUUGCCACUUUAGAACUUUCUGGGCCUCAUUUAACAUCGCCUUUAAAGGGCGACUGGAAGGGUCUAUACCGACGAUUUUAUAAUUCACCCAAUUUUAGGGGUUGGUACGAUUCACGCCACAAAGAAUUGCAACUUACCUUGCAGGAUUUGCAGUUGCAAGCUCUAUCCGAGGCUAAUUUAGAACAAUGGGCCCGUGACAAACAAGAGGUCGAAAUAAUUGACAUGAUAUUGAAACUUAAACAGAAAUUGAAUCUCUACAAUGAUAAAUUGACUGAUGAAUUGAGCGGUAAUUGGAUAAGUAGUAAUGGUAACACAGCAAGUACCACUCGUGAUCAAAUACGUGCUCAGAUUAAUUGUAUGAAAGAAUUGCUUCCCCACGAUUUAAAAAAUGUCGUUAAUAUAUGAUAAAUAAACCGGUAAAAAGGAAAUUUUAUAUAUAAAUACGAUCAAUUAUUUUGAUUUUAUAGUGCUAAAAUCACUACAACUAAAAUAGUUUAAUUAUACAUAUGUAAAAUUUAAUUUGUUAUUUUAAUGUUUUCUAUAUUUCUAGUUAAAUCUGUAUGUAUGUACUAUUAUUUCAGAAUGAAAUUUAUAAUGAAUAUAAUAAUUUAUUCAUUUAUUGUAUGUUUGAAGAUACAUAUAUGUAUGUAAAUACAUACAUACCUACAUAUAUAUUUUUAAGUAUAAUUUUAUCAUUUGAAUUGUAAUUAAUAUGCUAAAUUUGAUAUGAAAAACUCUAUUAGAUUCUUAAGUAUUGUGACAAAAUAAAUUUUAAAACUAAUUUAUU